UUAGAAUUUAUCGAAGCUUGUUUAGUAAUUACCGAUAUACCUUAUACUCGUUAUUUUCGUACUAAGGUUCCGUAUCGGUUUAGGGAAGGUUUUUCUUAUUAUCGAACCUAUAUUAAAGCAAAAAAGCCUUGCGACGGGGUAUUAAUAGUUUUAACUCGUAAGUUUAUUUUUCUUCUUAUUUUUAUAUUAUCCUAA